UCCCAGCUAUAUAAGUCGUUCAAUUUAGUGGAAACUCUCAUUCCAUAUCAACUACUGAUCUAAAUUCCAACAGCGUGUUAAGCCAAUAGUACAUUUCUUACAGCGAUGUCAUCAACGAACGAAAGCAGCGACACAGUCACUGCAAAAGCAGUGGCUAUGUGUGUUCUUUUCCUCUCAUCGAUGCUUUUAGGCACCCUUCCCAUAAAACUGUCUCAUUGGUUUCAAUGGAAAACCAAUGCCAAAAACAACACUUACGUCCAACUACUGCUCUGUCUGGGUGGUGGGGUGCUGCUAUGCACCACUUUCAUUCAUCUUCUCCCAGAAGUAGCCGAAAACCUAGAAGAAUUGCAAGACUUCCCGGACACGAAACUUCCCUUUGCCGAAUUUUUGAUGUGCAUAGGAUUCUUCACCAUGUAUUUUGUCGAAGAGUGUGUUCACGUCUACCUGCACAAAAAAGAGAAUCGCCAUCACUUGAAGUCGGCAAGGAGCAGCAUUUCUGUUAGCCGAGGUCAGUUAUCUUCUAGUUCUGAUGAAAAGUUGGUGCCGUCUUUAGAAAAUCCUAACCCAGAAUAUCACCACCAUAUUGACCAUAGUCACGAAGGUCACAGUCAUAUGAUUAUCGAAAAUUCCACAGUUGUGACAAUAAGAGGAUUACUUGUAGUGCUCGCGCUAUCAAUACAUGAACUGUUUGAAGGUUUAGCGGUCGGAUUAGAGUCGUCUAGUUCUCAUGUAUGGUAUAUGUUUGGGGCUGUAAGUGCCCAUAAACUCGUAAUAGCCUUCUGUAUUGGUGUUGAGCUGGUAACUUCUGGAAUGAGAACACUGUUAGUCGUUAUUUAUGUGUUUACGUUUGCUGUGGUAAGUCCGAUGGGGAUUGGAAUUGGAAUUGCGAUUACUGAAGAAGAACAGUCUUCAACUGCGUUAUUGUCUGUGAUAUUACAAGGUCUGGCUUCUGGCACCCUACUUUAUGUUGUUUUUUUCGAAAUAUUGAGAGAGGAAAGGAAAACGGGAAUCAAACAGUUUUUUGCUAUUUUGUUAGGAUUUUUGAUAAUGUUAGGAAUUAGUUUUAGUGAAAGUGAAUAAUUUAUUUAUUUAUUUUAAAUAUAUUAUCAAGCAACGAUAAAAAUUUUAUUGUAUAUGGAAGAGUUGUUUGUUUCGGUAUGAUUUGUGAGAAUAUACAAAAAGAAAAAUGAAGAAAUACAUAUACAAAGGGUAAAAAAGUACAGGUUUAUUUAUAGAAAUUAUCUUAAAAGAAUCCUAAAAAAUAAAUUAAUGCGGAAAAAUACGAUGAUGAGAAUCACUCCUUGACAGAUAGAUUUAUACGACAAUGAGUAGUAGAUAUAAGAUAAAAUAAAAGACGAGUACAAAACUCAACGUCACCUUAGAUACUACAAAUUUUGGUAUUGUUACUAACAAUAAAAUUUUAGAUUGCAAUGGUGGGUCUAAUACUUGAAUUAGGCAGUUGAAAUCUACAAAGAUAUGUGAUUAUCGCGCGCCAACUAUAACACAAUUUAUAUCAUCCCUUAAUAAGAGUGUAUGUAGCAACAUUUUUUUUUAAUACAUGCAUUUAUUUCAUCGUUGGAUGUUUCCAGUAAUUUAAGGAAAUAUCAGAACGAAAAAAAAACGUGUAAAAAAAGCCGAAUUUUAAUUAAAAAAAAUGUGGUUUUAGCUACAAAAAAAAAUUAGUAAUACGCUGGUGUGAUUGGUAAAUUAAAAUGAUGCAAAAAGUGUGUAACACAAAUCUUAAUAAUAUAAUUUUAAAAUUGUGAUAAACAAUAAUUAUGAGGUAAGAGUUUUUUUUUUGUAAAAUAAACACAGAUUUCUAAAUCGGUCCAAAUUGAACACUUUACUAUUACUAUUAUAAUUACUGCGUAAUGUUGGAUUAAAAGCUUAAGUAUUACUGCAUGAAUUUAAUCAGCUGUCUGAUACAAAAAAAAUAGUUUCUAGACUGCUUAACCAGGUAUUAUUAUAAUUUUUGUUUGCCCUAAUUAUAAUUAUAAUCUGUUAAAAAUGGUGAAAUUUUAAAUACACACUAAUUCAUAGACUAGAUUUUUUAGAGUUCUUUAUCAGUGCAAUUUUCGUUAGCAGGAAAAUUUAUAACGUAUUAAUUCUUGGCAGAUUGGAAAAUCAGUAUUAGUUUUAUCGCUCUUUCAAUAAAAAGUUCACUGUUUAUUUUGAGUAAUAGGGUUUAAUUGUGUAUCAUAUUUUUACCUCCGAAGGUAAGCUAAAAUAAAGCUCAUUUAGGAAGCGAUCGUCCGUUUCCGUCUGUUUGUCAUCUGCCUGUCUGUUGGCGGUUUUAGUAGACCGGUAUCCAAUUUCCAAAACUGCUGGACUGAUUGUUAUAUACUUCGUUCGUUGCAUUUAUACCUCGUAAAAUUUUAUGGUUGAUAAUAAUGUUCUCGUUAAAACGGGACGGCGAAAAAUGAAUGGAUUAAUCAUUAAAUUUUGUCUAAUCAUUCCCACUAACAAUGUGAUGACGUCACUUCAAAAUUUUGCGUAGCAAACGUUAUUUAAAUUUUAUACAACUGAAUCCGUCUUGAUUUGUUUCUCUAGAUUUCCAGAUUUUUUGAAGCGAUUACAAUUUUUUAACAAAAUUUUCCAAUUUGAGGAGAACGACUCAUUCUAUUAUUAUUAUUUCAAAUUGAUAUUAGUGUCCUUGGUAAAAUGUUGGCGAGGUGGAAAACUCACCUGAAACAUACUUACAGCAUGCUUCUGGAAUCUUUACCUGUACUUUAACACUAUAAAAUAAAAUUCAUAAAAUAAAAUUUUAUAACUUUUCGAAACAACGCCAUUUGUUGCACUGUACUUUGGAAAGGAGGGAAGUUCUGUUUAAAUAACCUUUUUUGCAAUUAAUUAUAAGUAAAAUUUAUAACAUUUAAUAUGGUGAUUGAUAACUUAAGAUUAAGAAUUAGAUAAAUAAAAUGUGUGAAUGUAUCGGGUGAUUUUUUCAAAUUUCUGCUUUAGCUGGCCAUAACGUUUAGGUCAGUCGUUUGCAUGUAAUGGCCAACUAGAGCAGAAAUUUAAAAAAUCGCACUGUAUUAUUAAUCAGUAAGAAAAUAACGCUUUUUGUGAGAAUGUGUAAGAACAAAUAAAUGUUUUUCCAUUAACAUUAGUUGUUUGGGAAGCACUUUAAAGUUAUUAAAUUAAUGAAUUUUAGUUUACCACAAAAACGAAAACUGUUUCACUGAGAAUAUACAAGGUAAUUAUAAAGAUAUUUCGCCAAAUUAGUUUUGGAAAAUCUGUCAAUGGAAUUUUAUUAAGAAUUUGUGUUUUCGUUAAGAUAGGUAGCAAGUCUAUUGUUCGCAGUGAAUUACUGGUUAUCUACCACUCAGCAAACAAACCGAUAUUGAUUAGGAGAAUUCGGCGACUGACGACGGUAGUCAUUAAUAAACACAACAAGACAGCAAAAUUUACAUAAUGUUUUACGAAUUAUUUCAAUUUCGUUCAGUUUAAUACACAGAGGUGGCGUUUAAAAAUAUAUGGCGAACGAAUAUGAUUUGUACCAAGGAAACAGGAAAAUUUUUAUUUGUAUACUUUUUUAUAAAUUUUAUGUUUUUAGAAAUUAGUUAUUUAAUUUUCAUAAACAGUUUUUUGUUUCCGCGGCAUGAUUGUUCAAAUUGUAAUAAGAUUAGUAUACGUAUUUUUUUUCAAGCUGUGGUAAAUUUUUAAAAUGGACGAAUAAGUGAGGGGAAUCCAAGUAAUUUGUCUGAUAAAGUAACCAUUAAGGCUUUAACUUGUGUGUGUAUAAUGUAUAUACACAGAUACAUUACAUAUUUUCACUAUGAGCAGUGUUUACAAAUGUUUUUGUUCGCAAACAAGAGUUUAGUUCGUAUUUUAUAGGUUCAAAAUUACAUUUAAAUGUAAGGUUUAGUGAAGGUUAGAUUUUGACCAAAAGUAAUUUUUUUUUCUCGAAGUUUCUGCAUCAGUUUUAAUAUUUCUUUUUUUACAAAAUGCAACUAAUUUACUAAUUGAAACUUGAACAGGAAUUUUGUCUGGACUCUUUUAUUAUCAAAACAUUACUAAUGUUAUUGUAUAGUAAGAAAAACUGUCCUUUUUCUUUGUAGAUUACUUGUAUUCCGCUUAAAAUAAAACAUACGUGGGAACUCAUAUCUCAGAAUAUCAAUAAAAAUUAGUAAAUAUUUUCCUAUGUGAAUGAAUGUAUUUACCAACUAUUCAUAUUACCUAAAUGAUUACAAAGACUAUUUUUAGAAUAAAAAAUAUUGUGAAAAAUGAAUUGUUUGAAUGAUAAAGAGGCAACAUAGGUAUUUCACAUUUUUCAACAAAAAUUAAGAAUGUAAAAGUACCUAUGUUAUUAUUUAAAAACAUAUUUGUCCAUUAAAAUUAAAACACGUAAAGAUCUCCAAGUUUAACAAAUUUUACUGGCAAGUUGAUUGUUGUUCCAAAUAAUAAUUAUAUAGGUAUAACGAAAUUGAUGGAUAGUGGUAAAAUGAAAAAGGAUUCACUGAAAUUUUUGCAUCAAAUAUUUUUAAAAGUCACUAUCUCAAUUAUAUAUUUAUGAAAAUUUCGGAAUGCGGUUUCCACCACUGUUCGCAGCUUACAAAAGUCUAGACACCGUAUCAGAAUACAGUGUCAACUUUUUUUUGUUAGAAAUCGGAUGCAAUAAAACUCAUUUAGCUUUACUUAAAAUAUACAGAAUAAUGGUGAGGAUAUCGUGGUGUUGGUUGUCUAUAACAACAACCACAGCUGCCACAAUCUUAAAGUAAGUCGUUGAAAAGUGUCUGUCGUCGCAUUUUAAUCGACUAGUGAUUUAAAUUUUAAUAUUUUUGAGGGAUUUGAGUGAUUUGUAGAUUUAUAAACCAAACGUUUACGAAUGGCCCACUUUACAGUUCUUUCGUAUAAUCAUUUAAUCACAAAUCGCCACAAUUUUGUGCCAAAGUAAACAAUUAUAAUUUUUAGUCCUUUGUUUUAUUCACUUAAAUCAUUUAAAUAAUAUUGUUACCAAGGCUAUCUACUUGUGAACUUUUUUCUUUUAAUUAAAAAUUCAUCCUGACCGCAAAUUAUUUGUAAAAAAUGCAUGGCGACCAGUGGCGGAACUGAGGGGGGGCCAGGGUGGGCCAUGGCCCAACCAAAAACUUUGCGGCCCACCCUGGUGCCCACCUCAAUUUUUCUAAGAAUACCGGUGUAAAUUUUUAACUUGUUUUGUAAUAAAAUCUCGAAAACAUUUUUUUAGUCCCCGCAAAUGAACCCGGUGCCCACAGAUGAUGUUGCAGCUUUGCAUCCUAGCAAUACUUUAUUUUUAAAUUUUGACGCCUUAACUCCUUUAGCCACUUUUUAUCAAAGUAAUUUGGAUUUGUUGAAAUCAGAACUUAUGAUACGUCCAACAGCGUUGGCAAUGUAUGAAAAUGAAAAAAACGUGAAAAUCACGAGAAUAAUGGACCUUUUAGACAUGUUAAAAAUUUAUAAAAUUGCAUUUAUUGAAACUUACAAACUAGCGGUUAUUAGUGCUAAAAUUCCAGUAUCCAGUGCUGCAUGUGAACGUACUUUUUCCACUUUAAAACGUUUAAAAACAUGUGUGCGUAAUUCUAUGACCAAUGAAAGACUAAUUCAUCUUGUUGUGACCAUCGUCGAAUCUGCCGUGGCAAAAUCUUCAAACAUCGAAGAUAUUGUUAAAGAAUUCGAUGCUGCUCACAACAAUCGUCGAAUAUUACUUCAUUAGGGGUAAGUCACUUCUAUGUGGUUAUACAUAUAACAUUGCAAUGCGUGCCCAAUUAAGAUUUUGAGGGCCCAACCGUUGGC